CCGUGCUUGAUAGUCUGUGCCACUUGUGACACUACCACCUUCGUCUGGCACCUCCAGUCCACAGAGGAAUCCCCAGCUCCCACCUUCAUCAUCGGCACCCAACCCGCUUUCACUUUGGCCCUAAGAUCAAUCUUGAUCCCAGGCCCCACUUGUACCGUGCAGCUCUUAGCCCUGGGGCUUGACACAGGCCUCGUUAGGCUUUAUUCGGCGGCCAUCCGGCAUUCUUGUCCCUCGGAAGCUGGCUCUGACGCGAUGAAUCAGAUGAUGACUUGUUGCUCCACGCUUGCUGGCCACCUCGAUUGGGUUCGGUGCCUUGACUUUUUGCAACUUCCCGAUGGCUGUGAUUCGAAACAUGACAUCUUUCUGGCUAGUGGGUCGCAAGAUGCGACUUUACGCAUUUGGCAUAUCACUGUUGGGUCCUCUACGAAUGUCGAAGAUACCUUUUCGCGCGUCAAGAUUUCAGAGUUUUCCUUGGAUGAUAUUAACUUCACCGUCUGUCUGGAUAGUGUGCUCACGGGUCAUGACAAUUGGGUCACCGGAGUCGCCUGGGCUCUAGCACCAGGACACAAGUCUGGCGAUUCUAGCCCCUAUCAACACAUUUGUCUUCUCUCAGCCAGUAUGGACAAAUCACUGGUUCUUUGGAAACCACCAUGUAUUUCCAACUGUACAACUUCGCAAUCGCUGGGGUCUAUUGGUAUGGAAGAGGUGAAUUGCCCCACUGUACCAACUAUCUGGCUAGAGGAGACAAGAGUUGGUGACGUCGGAGGCAAGAAUCUGGGUUUUCUUGGCUGCCUCUGGGGGCCUGAUGCCAAAGUGAUAUUCGGGAUCGGAUUUCAGGUAUUUUAA